CAAUAGUAAUCCUGUAACACAACCGUACCAACCAAUCAGCGAUAGAAGGCGGGGCUUAGAGCUGCCACUGGAAUGAAUGGAGGAGUCAUUUGGCCUUUUCAACCAACAAUAUCAGAAAGAAUACUUUACCAGCAGUUCGGUUUCUUCCAGGAAGUGUUUAGGUUCUGAUCACUUAAAUAAGUGAGUGUGGACAGAUAUCUGGCAUUUUGAGGAGAUAGAGAGUGGAAAUGAGGCAGGAUAACCACAGGACACCUUGCUGACCCUUACACACACACACACACACACGCAAUGGGGAGUCCACAGCGGCCCACAACCCCACACCAGGGUCACCACAGAAACAGAUCUCUGUCUCCAACACAAAGGCCAACUGGUGGAAACACCAUCAUAGAGGGUGAUCUGCAUGGCGAGACAGUGGCAGUAACAGUGGAUCAGACAGAAGAUGGUCAUUUGGGCUUCAGUGUUCGUGGAGGAGCCGAGCACGGCCUCAACAUCUUCAUCAGCAAAGUGGAGGCCAACAGUGCUGCAGAGCAGGCAGGUCUGUGUGUAGGGGAUAAGCUCCUGGAGGUGAAUGGUAUCAGUCUGGAGAACAUCAGCAUGAGCAGCGCUGUGAAAGUGCUGACUGGCCACCGCCGCCUCCGAUUGGUCCUUCAGAGAGUGGGGCGGGUCCCUGGGAUCAGAUACACCAAUGAGAAAACCACCUGGGUAGAUCUGAUCCACCGCAGGAUGGUGGUAGAGGAGGGGGGCGUGUCUCUGUCAGAAAGCCGCACAGACGGCGCUCUGUGUCGUACAGUUCACCUGCACACGUCUCUCUCACAGCCCUGCCUCGGCCUCAACAUCCGCGGAGGAACAGAGUACGGCCUCGGCAUCUACGUCUCCAAGCUGGAUCCAGGAGGACUGGCUGAGCAGGGCGGGAUUAAGAUGGGGGAUCAGAUCCUGUCAGCCAAUGGUGUGAGCUUUGAGGGUAUCACUCACAGCAGAGCUGUGGAAGUCCUGAAGAGCAAACAUCACCUCACACUGACUAUCAAAGAGGCGGGGCGAUACCCAGCUUAUCAAGAGCUAGUGGCAGAGUACAGCUGGCUUGAUAAACGAAGCAGUAGAGCGCUCCAUUCUUCAUCGCGGGGGUCAGACUCGUUCUCGUCUGCCUCCUCUCUGUCCUCUGGAACCCCCGUCAGCUCGGUCGCUGGUCUCUCCCAGGCCACGCUGCCUCUCUCUCUGCCCCUCAGGUCCCAGAUGACCGACAUGUCCAGCUUCACAGAGGGCCAGUUUCUCACAGAUCCCAUCGAAAAAGACUUCCACGCAGAGACGAGUCUGAGCCGCGGCCCAACGGAGUUCCUGCAGGACUCGGCUAUCCGUAACGAUGGAGGAGGAGGAGGAGGAGACGAGAGAAGAGAGGGGAGGAAAACGUCUCUCCUGAUGGCGCUAAGCCGACCUGGUCCACCUAUCCGCAGGACCCAGAGUCACAUGACUGUCUCAGAAGAGGAACAGAGGAAGCAGAAGAAGCAGAAGGAAGGAAGAGAAGAAGGUGGGAUCCCGUUGCAGCGUUCCAAAACCUUCCUCGGCCUGCUUUGGAAGAGGAGCUCAUCUAGGGAGCGUUCCAAAUCUCCAUCCCGACCCGAGCCCAGUCAUGGUACAACGAGCAGCAGGUUGUCCGAUCAGGAAGUGCUCACUCAGGUGGAGGAAAUGGCCACGAAGCUGCUGGAGGAGGAAGACGUAGCCGUGCUCAUGGAGAUCUGUAAGCGGUAUACAGUGGAGCGAGAGUUGAAGUCUCUAGUGCUCCCCCUGCUGAGCAUUCUGAAUGGACCGGAGAAACUCCUGUUACUGAGGGAGAUCAGAAUGCUUGUCCCUGAGGAGGAUCUUCAGCUGUUUAACAGCAUGGUGAAACCCUUCGAGGAGGAAGCCUACCACAUAUUAAAGAGACGCUCUCGACGGUCGUCCCCUUUGCGAUCUCCCAAGGCAGGCCACGCCCCCAAGCGCCACCUCAUCACACCUGUUCCAGACCAGCACGGUGGAUUCGAGCUCCAGGCAGCCGAGGACGUGGACAGACAGAACCGGCUGCUGGAACAAUUACAGCGUCUUCAUGUGUCUCAGACGCAAAGCGAGACGGAGGAACCUAACCGAGUGUCCUUCACUCCUCUGCUGGACAUUCCUGUAGACUCAUAUUCUCACCCAGAAUCCCUCAAACCACCCAGAUCAUCUCCAACAAUCCCCAACUGGCUACUGACCCAAAAUUCACACUCUGCUCCUACCACGGAGGACGAGCUCGAAACCACCACGAGAAGGGGGAGGUCUCCUUUCCGAAACGGACACUCGGAAAGCAAAGCGAAUAAAAAAGAGAAGGCAGAACGGGACGUUUUCUUCACCGUAGUGGACACUCCUCGUCACAGGAGACCACUGCUGUCUCAGGUCUUCGGUCCACUCAGGAGAUCACAGAGCGGCGAAAAGCAAACGCAAGAACAUCGUGAUGAUCAGGAGUAUGAACUCAAAACCGUCUGCAUCAGCAAAACCAAGCAGUCACUGGGGAUCAGUAUCUCGGGUGGCGUGGAGUCCAGAGUGCAGCCUGUGGUCAAGAUCGAGAAGAUAUUUCCAGGAGGAGCUGCAUCUACUAACAACAUGCUGAAGGCUGGCUUUGAGCUGGUGUCAGUAGACGGCGUAUCUCUGCAGGGCAUCACGCAUCAGGACGCGGUGGAAAUCAUCCGCCAAGCCUUCAGCAACAAACACACCGACCCCAUGGAGCUGGUGGUGAAGGUCCCUAAACACUCCUGAGACACAAUCAAUGCUUUAAUCGUGCUGAAAAUCACUCUACCAUAAACUGCUGAACUGUUCAGUGUGCAGAAACGUCGUCCGGACACAUAAUGAUACCCGUCACGACACCCAUAAGUGACAGCGUGAAGGCAAAAUACAAUACAGCUGCAUUCCAGCACUGCUUCUAACAUGUUCUCCUCCCGUUCUUCUCACUACCUUGAACCAUCUUAAAAGCCACUUCUACAGCUUUUAGUGACGCAGGUGAUGUUUUAGAGGCCCGAGGUAUCGCCCUUUCUGAGCUAAAUCAUUACCUUGUCCCACUCCUAGCUAGUCUCUAACUAACUAACUAGCUAGCUAACUAGCCUAUCUUGCUCUCUACAUUAGGUGUUUUAUUCUCAGUGAUGCAGACGUAAUAAAGAUCAGUGUAACUCUGGUGAUGAGGAGGUUGUUUGUUUGUCUUCGCUGUAGCUUAGGAAGCAGAAUCUGAGCUGCUUGAAGUGAGACGUUGCAUCACGUUCCAGCGAACGUCCCAAACAUACACGCGCUGCCAUGUUUAGUUAUAUUGCAGCGCUGCAAUGUUUUUUUGAUUCAGUAUUUGAUGUCGUAAAAAACUCCUCAUACUCCACUCAUUUUCACCAUUACUUUGUCCUCCGUGUUUGUUUUUCCUGCUCGACACCCUAACUUGUGAUCUGAUUGGUCGAACGUUGAUGUCACUCAGCGCUUUUUUCUGAAAAGUUGAAGCUCUUUGAAUUUGGAAACUUAUUUGGAACUUUUACCAAAAACAAACAAAAAAAA